AUGAAAAAGCAUAUAUGGAAUAUUAUUUCUCCUAUGCAAGCAGCUUAUGUUCCAGGGAGGUCAAUAUCUGAAAAUAUUCUCUUGUUCAAUAAAUGGUUCAUACUUCAUAGCAUGAAGAGACAAUCUGGUAGAGUUGGUUCUAUGACUCUGAAGAUGGACAUGUCAAAGGAAUUUGACAGGAUAGAAUGGGAUUUCUUAUUUCAGGUUCUCAAGAAGUUUGGUUUUUGUGACAAACAGUGUCACUUAAUUCACCAGUGUAUAAGCACUAGUCAAGUUGAGAUGAUUGUUUGCUUUUCUCUAAAGCAAAAUCUUGAUCAGACUAGGACUCUCCUACAAGUCAUUGAGGAAUUUAGUAAAUGUUCAGGUCAAGUCAUAAACUUCAAUAAGUCUUCAGUUUACUUCAGCAAUAAUAUCAGUCUAUCUUCCAGUGAGACACUAGCUGGUAUUUUGCAAGUCCCUAUUAUGGAUCCUAAAGAGAAGUAUCUUGUGCUUCAUUUCUUCAAUGGUAGAAAUAAGAAAGUUCCUUUUUCAGUUCUAGUUGAGAAGAUGGAAUCAAGAUUAUCCAAAUGGAAUGCUUAUAAUCUUUCUGAACCAAGGAGGAUAGUUAUGGUUAAACAUGUUCUCAAUGCAAUACCAGUUCAUCAUAUGAUUUAUUUCAAGUUUCCUGACCAAACAAUAAAAGAUCUUAAUUCUCUUCAAGGAAAAUUCUGGAGAAGAAAGGACUCUAACAAAGGAGCUAUUAUUUCUUGGAAAAACUUGAGUAAGGAUACAUAG